CUGCAUGCCUCUGCACGACUUCCCCUUCACCUAUCGCUACUUGAUGGCGGAAAACCAGAGUCUGCUGCACAGUGCGUGCAACAACGACUGGAACUGCAUGGGGCACUACAGCAGUCGCAUGCAGCCGCACGUGCAAAGGAGCCAGUGGACCAAGGGCUCUCAGUGGUGGGCGCUGACAUGGCACCACGCCUUCCUUGCUGCCACGGACACAACGAUCUACCCCACCCUCGCCAGAUGGUGCAAGGUGAGCACAGGGGAGUGGGGUGGCGUGUGUGUGGAUACGUGCGCAUGUGGCAAGGAGAGGACCCACAUGGGCGAUGUGAAAGCUACCGGUCACGCUGAGGAGGCGCGUGGGCAGCUUGGAGCGGGCGCUGAGGAAGCUCGCAAGGCCACUCAGGCGAAGAUGGAGCAGGGCAGGCAGGGUCUUUCGGAGACCGGGCAGCAGAUGAAGGACACCUCGGGACGCGCUGCCGAGACUGCUCGCGAGAAGUCCGCGCAAGCUGGUGAUGUUGCGGGGAGGAAGAUGGAGGAGACGAAGCAGGGUGCCUCUGAAGGGCUUGGUCGUGCCCAGGAAAGUGCUCAGAAAACGUGGGAGCAGACCAAAGAGAGCACUGCUCAGGCCACUGAGCAGGCGAAGCGAGGCAACAUAGUUUUCCGAUCUUACGCUCCUCGAGUAGCGAGGCGUCGCCGCUCUCCGGCAGCGAGAAAGGUUCAAUCUGGUUUGGUGAUGACCGAGGCCGAUAUCCUGCCGGUGACUCUGUUUCACACGGCGAAGACAGCGCUGAAUGAUUGUACGGGGUUAGCGAUGAGUACUUCGGACUUCGAGUAG